AUGAAUGAAACCUAUAAUAGCCAGGAAUCAAAUACCUCCAUGUAUUAUAAUGGAAAUUCGACACAGACAACAGGCAAUAAUACUCAACCUAAUAAUACGAAUGGGAAUCCCAGUACUGAAGCUGCGUCACCAACUGCCAUCAACAAUCAUUCCAUAAAUGACAUAUACCUUGUUCUACAGCUGCUACAGGGCCAAUUUAAUAAAUUUCAAAACAUUCAUUUUAGAGAACUUUUGUUGAAAGUAAAUUAUCUACAGGAUUCAUUAGAACAUGUUAAACAACUGGUACAAGAUUUGAAUCAACAGAUGAUUUAUGCUGUACAAAAUAAUAAUAAUAAUGGCAACAACAACAAUUUGAUGUCUUCAAAUAAUUAUAUGCUCAAUAAUCAAUUUAAAGCUUUUGAAGUCUUUACAAAACAUUUGAACAAAUUAAAUAAAGAAAUUGAAGAAAUCUCAAGUGGAACACCUGUGCAACAAUCACCUACUACUCACCAUCAUCACCAACAACAACAACAACGCCUGCCACAUAAUGUAUCAAAUCAGCCUCCACGUCAAAUCCAACAACAGCCAUCCCUGUCACAACAACAGUCACAAAUUCCACAACAACCUCAAUCUUCUCUUCCCCCACUUCCUGCCCAACAACUUCCUUCGCAAGUUAAUCAAUUUGGAUCCACCCAUUUAUCUGUACCAUCAACUAAUCACGGGUCAAGUCAGUUUGAUGAAGAAGUAGAUAAUAUGGCCAGAAAGAACCUAUCUUUGAGAACUACUGCAAGUACUUCUCCGAAUCCAACAUCCCAUUAUGUGUUUGAUGUAGGUCCAUUUGGAUCACGAAAUAUGAAUGGAAAUACUUCAAAUCACAGUUUAUACGACAAACCACCUAUCCCCCCUGAUCAACAACAACCACCACAACAACAACCGCCAUCAGAUCAACUGCAAGAACCAACUAGAAAAAAGAGAAAACCAUCAAGAAAAUCUGUGUCCCAAGAUGCAUUCCGCAACCAUACUGCUGAAAGUAUCCAACAGAAUGCAAGACAAUCACCACCACAACAACAACAGUCGUCGACACAAAGACAACAACAACAACAACUGCAACAACAGCAACAGCAGCAACAACAACAAGUUCGUAACACAGGAAAUACACUGUCAUUUGGCAACACAUAUAUUCUUCCGAUGCCACCGUCGACAUCUGGAGGAAAUGAAGCAACAUCACAGUUUAUUUUGCCACGUGAUGCUAACGGAACAGUAAUGACGUCCGCAUUAAGACAAACUUCCAACCAAACACGUUCAUCCACUAGUCAACCGGGUACUUCUGUGUCUACAACUGGCUCCACGGCAGCCGCGACAGCAGCUUUUCCAUUUGAUGACGAGAUUGAAUCAAUUGAAGGGUUAGAUAACGAUGGACUGACAAAUGGAAGUACUACUAGUAAUGGUGGUGGAACUACCAUUGAUGGAUCUAAUAAGAAAUCUAAACACAAGGCUGAUGAUCAGCAGAAUAAGGUGAUACUUACUGCUUUAGAUGUACCACAGUACAAAUUAGAACGAAGUCUUAAGGCCUUAUCAGAUAUUUGGAAAGAGUAUGCUCAUGGAAUGAACAAUAAACCACCAUUAAAGUCAUUAGAAAACAAAUAUGGUACUAAAUGGAGAAAUGAAACCGAGUCUCGAACAUUUUUGAGAAGAAAGAAGAUUUAUGAAGCUAUUGAAAAUGGUAUGAGCAAAGGGUAUACUGAAGACCAAGUAAUUGAAGAAUUAGAAGAGCAUAGAACAUAUCGUAAGAAUGGAAGUGUAAAGAGAAAACCAUUACUGUGGUUGAGUACAAAUAUGCCCGAAAAAUUCAGCACACCAAAUUAG